AUUAAACAAUGUUUUCCAAUAGAUUACGCUCAUCAUUCAUCAGAACUGCCAACAUGUCUUCUACCAGAUUAUCCUCUUCUAUCACUCCUGUUAAAACCGCCAAUGCUCCACCCCCAGCUGCUUCUUACUCUCAAGCAAUCAAGGUAAACGGUUUCAUCUACGUUUCAGGACAAAUCCCAUACACUCCUCAAAACAAGCCACUUUCUGAAAACCCAACCAUUGAACAACAAGCUGAACAAGUUAUUCAAAAUGUUUCUAACAUUUUAGAAGCUUCCAACUCUUCUUUGUACCAUAUUGUUAAGGCCAACAUUUUCUUGACUGACAUGAAGGCUCAAUUUGGUGAAUUCAACAAGGUUUACGGUAAGUAUUUCAGUGAACACAAGCCAGCCAGAUCUUGUGUUGCUGUCAAGGAAUUACCAUUGGGCGUUGACUUGGAAAUGGAAGUAAUUGCCAUUGAAAAGGAAGACUCCAAGUUGUAAUUCAAAUGAGGUACAUUUAGUUUAGAUAUGCUAUUAAUUGAAUAAAUGAUUCAAUG